AUGGUUCCUCUCACCCCCAGUCUUGGACCAGUCGGCUCUAGCACUCGGACUCUGGAAGCGCGUCUUAUACCAGAGUCGGAUAUUCCUCUUAUUGCGCUUCCUGCUCAGGUCCGCACUCCGCCUUCGUCUCAGACGCCGCCCAGAAUUGUCCACGAACCCGAGGAGACCAAAGAGCCUAAAGCCGUCAUGUCGAAAUCAAAAGAUAGCAGCUCCUCCGGGGGCUUUCACCAGGAAUACAUUGCUUCGCUACGCUAUCGAAAUGACCUUCCCCCUCCCGACAUGCCCCCGAAGUUCCUCGAUAUUCCUCAUGACGGGCUCGAGAGAUUCCUCACCCCGGGAUUCGCGUCGAAUCUUGCGCGCCGUGAAGAACUGAAUAUUGAUGUCGAUGCUGAAGGUGGUAUGCCAAUUGACUUGGUCGGUAUCCCAGGUCUGCAUCUGGGCGACGAGAGUGCUAUCAUGGCGCCCGAAAAUCCAGACCCAAUUGACCCCGCCGACUUACCACUGCUUUUGACACUCGAUCAACUGAAGAACCCGGCGCCCAAGAACGCCAAUGUCAGUUUCCUUCGUCGCACACAAUACAUCUCUGCGGGGAUUCGCGCACCUGAUGGUCCGAAAGUCACACCUAUUCGAACAAAAUCACGGGCACUCGACAAGAAGUCUCAAGACCGUCCUACGUAUAUCAAGAAGUACAUUCUUAAGGGGUUCGAUAUUGCAUACCCCCACAGCAAGCAUACCGGUGAGGAUACAGCAAGUCAGAUGAAGGGUCUCGCUCCUACAAAACUCGAAGUGGAUGCGUGGGCUACCCCUGUCCAUCCAGACAACCCGAAACUGAAACCCGUUGGAUUCUUCCCGCUUCUCCCCGACCUGCAGGGCUUCCCAGACCCUGGAGGAUUUGUGCAGUUCAAGUUUGACAAGGCUCCGGUCCAGGGCUCUGGAGGCAAGCGAGAUGAACGUAUGGACGUUGCGAUCUUGCUUCCCUCGGCCCCAGAGGAGCGCGUUUCCCAAGAACACGCCACAAAGGCGGCCUUGCACAAAUCAAACCCCAAUUUGUAUCCGGAUCCUGGUCCUGUUCCAUACGACUAUGACCUUUUCCUCCCUGAGAAGAAGGACUCCGUGAAGAGCAUCCGAACGACCUUACAUCUAUCAAACCCUGACCGUGACAACGAAGACCUCUAUGCUCACGAGGGUGCGGACAAUGCCAAGUUUCACCGUUAUGACCGCUCACGUACAUACGCAACCAGCUCGCAGACACUCCAAAACGACCAGAAACAAAAGGACAUUGCGGUCACGCUCUAUGACCCCGCACAAGCGAAAGAUAGCGACGCUUCGCAAACACAGAAAGCCGCCUUCUACUACCCGAUCAUUGGAAAGACGCGCCUCAAGCCAGAACGAUCCCGCACAAUCGCACAGGCCGGUCUGGCCCCUACGAAGCCGAAAUCAAAGGAAGACCAAGUCGAUCAAAUGCAAGUGAUUGUUCGUGACCCGGAAGAGGCAGAGGUCUACAAGCGAUCCCUUUACAGAGCGGCGAUUGAUCCGAAAUUCGCAAAGACCAUGCCACCUCCGCCUGAGCCAGCUGAAGAGCCGCAGGCACAGGUAUCGGAGCAGGGACGUGAAGCAAGCGCCGACCUGCAAGCUAGAGAAGACGAUGACGAUGACGAUGCUGAUAGGAUGAGUGAUGAAUGA